ACCCAAGUCGCGCGACUGGAAACACACAGACAGGACACUGCCGAGCGGCCAUGAAUGCGACAGCCCACAUCCUGCCGGAGGGCAUGUUGAGCCGGUUCAGCAUGGAGCUUGACGAGCCUUCCAAGUACACGCUUGCCCAGCAGCCGAUUGCGAUGAUGAGUCUCGACAGACGGCGGAGUGACAGCGCCCAGGAGGAUGACGAGAGCUACGAGCGGCGAAGAGACGCUGGGAGCAUAGCAAGGACGGUCUUUGAAGCUCUGAGGGCGCACACCAAGUUCAUAGGCCCAGGCAUCGUCAUGUCGGUUGCCUUCAUCGACGUAGGCAACUUUGCCUCUGCCCUUGGCGCCGGUGCCUCAAAAGGCUACUCGCCGCUGUUCGUCAUUCUACUGGCGUCGGUGAUGGCCAUCUAUGUCCAGAUACUCGCUUGUCGACUCGGUGUCGUCAGCGGCCUCGAUCUGGCGCAGCACUGCCGCAGGUCUCUCUACAACCGGCCAACGUACACGAUGGCCUACCGCUCCUUGAUGUAUCUGCUCUGGUUCAUCAACGAGGCCGCCAUCAUCCUCACAGACUUGGCCGAGCUGCUCGGCUCGUCCAUCGCGAUCAAUCUCAUGGCGCCCGCGAUACCACUCUGGGCUGCCUCGUUGAUCUCAUUUGCCGACGUUGUCAUUGUCUUGUUCUUCUUCAGCGACUUUCCCUCCAGCCAUGUCAAUCGAUCCGUUCAUGCUUUCGAACUGGUCGUUGGUAGCAUGGUUCUGAUCGUGUUCGUCUGCUUCAUCAUCCUGACCGCGCGGAUACAGCCUCACUGGGGCGAUGUCUUCAAGGGCUAUCUCCCUUCGUCGAAUAUCAUCAGGGACGAUGGCCUGUACAUCUCUGUGGCAAUCAUCGGCGCCGUCGUCAUGCCGCAUUCUAUCGUGCUUGGCUCGAAGCUUGCCACGAUCGAUCGAGGCUCAACGGAGGGGGACAAGACUAAAUUGGAAGCCACAGACGGCCUGCAAUCAGAGCCAGUGCAAUCUGGCCGCCAUCUCCCGGCGCUGCAUAUGCCAAAUCCUCGCACGAUUCCGCAGGGCUUGACCUUGCCUUCUGCGCGUUCGGCCGGCAAGACCUCGCGCUUCGGCUUUCUCGAGCGGACGACAGAGCCUCGCGCAGAUCGGGCGCCGACCAUCGAAUUCGUGCGCUCGCAUCUACCGCAUGUCGCAACAGAUAUUGCGCUCUCGCUCAUCGCAUUCGCUCUUGUCAUCAAUUCGCUCAUCCUGAUCGUCGCAGGCGCAGCUUUUUAUCAUCCGCUGGCUGGGCAAACAAGUGACGCAAUCCAGGGCGUGCAGGAUGGCAAUCUUUUCAGUGCGUACGGCCUGAUACGUGACACCAUCGGCAAAGCUUUCGGCUACAUCUUUGCCAUCUCUCUGCUUUUCAGCGGCCUAUCAGCCUCGGUGACCGCUACGCUAGCCGGACAAGUCGUUGGGGAAGGCUUUCUCAAUCUGAAAGUGCGGCCGUUCGUUCGAAGGCUCAUCACGCGUGGCAUCUCGAUCAUACCGGCGAUCGUCGUCUCCGCGAGUGUGGGUGCUAGUGGCUUGUCGACGUUGCUGGUAGCAAGUCAAGUCGCACUCAGCUUGAUCUUACCCUUUGUCAUCUGGCCUCUCUUGUGCUUCACCUCGAACGCCGAUAUCAUGACCAUCUCCGACGGAUCGACAGCUGCACCGACAGCAGAGUCAUCCACUUCUCAUGGGCGAUUCAGGAACGCUCUGGCGCGACUCGCGCAUCCAUUUGCGCCGGCGAGUAGUAAGCCUGGAAGAGCCUCGUUCGUCAAUUCGCCGGCCGUCAUCAUCAUCGGAUGGGCGAUAUGGGCGAUCAUCUGCAUCUGCAAUCUGUACGCCCUCACACAAAUAUAGACCAUUGCUUUAUACGUCGCGAUCAAAAAUCACUUUGCUGUUGUUUGCAUGUCUCCCUUGCUCCUGCCCCCACAAGCGCUUGCAGCAGCCUGUCGGAGGGGCUUUGCAAGCAGUCGGAUCACAAUGGGACAGUUGGAAGACACGAUGCGGGCCAAGGCAAGCCUGCCGAGCUGACAGAGUCUCAUGAGCUCAGACAGCACGCAGCUCACAAAGCGGUUCCAGCCCGAGCAGCUGCGCAUCACGAACGACUCGGCUGCUCACGCCGGUCACGCUGCAAUGCGAGCGCCGGGCGCUGCUACGGGUGAGACGCACUUCACCGUCGAGAUUGUCAGCGAUGAGUUCGAUGGCAAGGUGGGCACGCAACGCUUCAGCGCAUCGGCGCCAUCUAGCUGAUC